AUGUUCUCUCAGAUCAUAAAUGACUACGGCGACCGCGAGUCCUGGCACAGGUCGCUGGUCGAUUUGCGCCGGUCGCUGCCUCUGCUUGCUGCGCUGAUUGCGCCGUUGUCUGUCCUGCUCGAUAUUCCUGCGCUCUCUCAGCCAUGGUAUGGCAGCGAGUCAAAGCGCAUCACAGACGACAAGGUCAGCUUGAUCCUCUCCGCCUUUUCCUUCUUCUUCAACCUCAUUGCAAAUGUCUUGCUCAUGCUACGUUUCAGCGUCAAGACGGAUCGCGCAGUCACCCUGGCGACCAACUGGUCCAUUGUCUUCUGGAUCCUCAAGCCAGUGAUUGCGAUUAUCAACCUCGUCAUCUUCGGCAUCUACAGAAAGCAGACAGAUGGAGCAGUUUACCUUGAGGGCUUCUGGUGCGCCGUCGUCUCUUGCGUCUUGGCAGCCUUAUCUGCGCUUUGUCUCUUGAUCAACUUUGGCUUUGAGUUCAACAAGCGCGUCCGUACGCUCAACAAGGAGACACGCAAGAAAGGUCGUGGCUUCAUGAUCAACGUGACGCUCUUUGUCUCAACCCUUGCUGUGCAAGCCCUUAUCUUCUCGCGAAUAGAAGGCUGGACUUAUCUCUCUGGCAUCUAUUUCAGUACAGUUACAAUCUUGACGGUUGGUUUUGGCGACCUCGUCCCGACACAAACAUCCUCCAAGAUUCUCCUAUUCCCCAUUGUUGUGAUUGGCGUCGUCCACUUUGCGACGGUGGUCACUGGCAUCAUUUCCUACUUUCAAAGCAGAACAAAGCUCAGGCAUAAGACCUCUCGCCGCAAGUAUCGUCAGAAGCGUCUUGAGAUGGAACGUGCUCCAGAUACGCCAGACUUGAUUGCAGAGAUGGCGCUCCUUGAAGAUCACCAGCGGCAAGAAGAGCGUGAUGCCCAAAUUGUCGACCUGUUCUACUCGCUCUUGACUUUUCUGACACUCUGGCUUAUUGGUGCUGUCAUCUUUUCCAAGCUAGAGGGCUGGACCUAUGGCAACAGUCUCUACUUUGCAAGCGUCUUCUUCCUAACAAUAGGGUUUGGCGACUUUGCACCCAAAACGAGCGCAGGCAGGGUGGCCUUUGUCAUUUUUGCAGUGAUUUCCGUUCCCGUUAUCACCUCCUUCGUCGUUCAGACACUCAGCAGUUCUCUG